UCAGUUAAAUUUCAGAAUUCGCAAACUGCGGUCGCCUUGAUAUGAAAAAUUAAUUAAAUUUCAAUAAACGAGAAGCGCGAAAAACCAAACGCAAACGGUCCAAUUAAACUAGCAUAAAUACUAUACACUAAACAAUUAUCUAGAAAUAUAUAUAGAAUAUAUUUAUUUCGAAAUAACCAAAUACCAUGUUCCCCAAAAGUCACAUCGUUUUGGCCAGCUCUUUGCUGUUGUUAAUCGCCCUGCCAGUAAUUCGCGCCGAUCUCAUGUGCUAUGUGUGCGAUAAUUGUGCCCAGCUACCGAAGGAUGCACCCCUGCUGGCGUGCAAUGAGGAUUUCUUUAAUCCCGGCGGCAGCACAGAAGCCUCCACGGUGACCACCACCGAAGCGAGCACCACUACGACGCAGGAGACUACAACAACACCGGAAACAACCACUUUGAUUGUGACAAGUGUCCAAACGGAUUCACCCACAACGGAGUCCACGACGACGACAGUGGAAACCACCACCAGCGAUCCGACCACCGAGAGCACCCAGAGCACUGAAAGCACCGAGGCUCCGAUACCCACGCCGGGAACCGCCGGACCCGUCGAAACGACCACCGGAGUGCCCACGCCACCCGCUGAGGAUCUGUCCGCCAUGUCGGUGGCCUUGAACACCACCCGUUUGGUGCCAGUGAAUAAGGACGAGGGGACCACAACGCCCACGUCAUCGCUGGCAAUCAGGCAACGCAGGGCGGUGAUCGAUACCGACUACACCUACCACUGCUAUUCCGUUCAGGUUUCAGUGAAUGGCACAAUGUCGACGGAUCGCGGCUGCUCCCGGGUGAGCACCAUGGAAGGUGUUUGCGAGCAGCUAAAGAUUCAGAACAAAAACACGGAGCUGGCCAACUGCAAUCCGUGCAGUAUGAACGCCUGUAACGGCAGCUCGGCGCUCCAGAGCUCCAUUCUGGCCACCCUGCUCCUGGCCAUCGUGGCAUUCGCCCUGCAGCGCAACUAGAGACACGAUCAUCAUCCAUUACCCGGUGCUUUAGUCUAGUAUUCCUCGUUUCUUUAAGGCGAACUCACACACUCAUCAGUCCGCGCUCAUAGUUAAGUGAUUCGAAAAGUCGAAAAUCGAAAAUGUAAAUUUAAGAUAUGCACAAAACCGAAAAUCGAAAUAUAUACAAUCGUAUUUGUAUACAAACUUAAUCUAACCAAAUGUAACGCUCCAGGCGACUUAAUAAAUAAUGUGUAAUUAUUAGAACGUUCGUUUUAUUUGAGCUCAACUGCAAUUGUCAGUGAUUAGUAAUUUGAAAAAAAGUGAUUUAUGACAUCACUCUGCGGCACAGAUAAUAAACUCAAAUAUCCUAAACUUUAUAACACUUUCGGUUAAUAUCUUUAGAAGAAUUUUUUAUGGCUCUACUUUUAUAUUGUGGAAGAUAAAUGGAGCUUUAAAAGUACAGCGCGAUCACAUCCUGUCAAUAUAAUGAAUGCUAUAUACAUACACUCCAUGCAACAAUAAAUUGUAGACAACUUUAAAAGUCUCUAAACUCUGAAGCUUAAUGUCGAGAUUUGAAAUUUAAAAUUAUGGUUAGACGACAAAAUGUUUGUAGAUUUCUAAAUAGAGAAGGGGAGGGAGUUCCCAAUACCUUACCAAUGCCAAUGUCACGUAUACGCCUAGUGGUACGAUUUCAUUUACUGAGCAAACAUAGUAUGCUAAAAAACGAGGCGGUGGCAUACUUUUAGGCCAUUUAUGCUAAACAAAUUUGCUCAAGACAAGCCCAAAGACAAAAUCAACAAGGAAAUCAAACACAAAAGAAACAAUGCUUUAUCAUUGAUUAGAUAAGAUUUCAUUAAACAAUUUCGGGACUUUGGGAAACACUAAACGCAAUAAAUAUGCUAGCACGCGCUUAUCAAUAAAAUGAUUUUAUAGCGCCAAAUAAAUACCACUAAAAAGUGCGCGAAUAACUCAACAAAACCAUUUAAAGUUUUCCAAAAAAAGUAUCUAAUCGGCUUAUCUCGAAUUUUAACCAAUUAUAGCAAUAUUAAAACUGACCUGCACGUUAUACAAAUUGAUAAAAUCCGAAAUCCAUUUAGACUUGGCGACUCCUUUCAGAAUGUUGUCAAUAGAUUAUGAACUGCAUGCCCACACUAUUGUAUAGAUUAGACUAACUU